AGAUGGCGGCAGAGUGUUAUCAGUCGUAGAAAAAGGAGGCUAAGGAAGUACAGUAAUGCUGGAGCAAACACUGUCCUAUGUUCAACUUGCACUGUCCUGGACUGUCACUAUUGUUACAUAUAAUAUAUGUGAGCUAGAUCUUAGUCCUAUUUGACAAUGCCAUGGGUAAUUGCUGGGUCUUCUGUGUGGGCUUCUUCAGGAAAGAAGCUAACAGGAUCCAAAGAGGAGGAGGGUUCAAAUACUUCCGCAGCAGCACGACAGGGGAGCAUUUUACUAUAGAGUUUGAAAAUCUUGUAGAAAGUGACGAGGAGGAGAGUCAACAGCCCUGUCCAAGGCCCAUAAGUGAGGAUGAAAUUCAGCACCUCCGUGAGCAUCGGUACACUGCCAUUUCAAAUCAGCAGGUACUGAUAGACCUGCAGCUACAAGCCCAGUUAGAGGCACAAGAGGAGAGGUUGAGGCUAGAAGAGGAGGCUAGAAAUGCUGCCCAGCGCGAGGCUGCCAGAUUGGCACGUGAGCGAAAACAGAAGGAGCUGGCCACCCAGAAGACAAGGGGGAAAGCAGAUGGUUGCGGUAGUGAACCUCAGCAGAGAAAACACGCUGCUGGUGGUUUGGAUCCCUUCCUGCAGAAUGUAAAGGUCCAGUCAGAGGCCUUCAGAAGCAACAGACUUCCUUCCGACACAAACGUAGUGACUCCUAACACAGAGAGCAGCUGGGAUUUCACCACCAAGACUCGAUCCACCAAUGAUGACGGCACCUCACUGGAUCUAGAGUGGGAAGAUGAGGAGGGAAUUAACCGAGCCCUUCCAGCCUGGGAGAGGUCUCGGACAGAAGAGGACAUAUUGCGUGCAGCCUUGAGGCCCGGCGAGAAGCAAGCACACAGUGGCCCAACCUCCAACUCUGAGGACUCCAACGCACUGGAGUGGGAGAAUGAUUUUGUGAGUACUCACCCAGAGGACUGCGCAGACUCCGAAUUUGAGGGUUUUGUCAACCCAGUGUUAGACACUCCCUCUGAGGACGCUUCGGAUUAUAGUCUCAGGAUGGACGGCCAGGACAGAUAGUCUCUAGCACUAAAUCUGACCAUUACAACUUUCUCACAUCAGUGCUCACCAGCUUUUUUUUUCUCCUUAUGAAUUAAAUUUACUUCAUAUUGGAUCGUAUGAUGGAAGGGAUGCUGCAGUUUGGCCCUCCAAAACAGACGCAGACAUUUUCAGUGCCUUCAUCACUGACCAUCCUAUAAAUUGUAGCUGAUCAUUCGCCAUUCUUUGGUCUUACUUUCAUUGCACAUUGCCCAUGUCAUCCAACAUACAACUGCCAAACUCUUCCAAAAGUCUGAAGAUGUAAGAAUCCUUACAUCUCAAGAGUCACUGUUGUUUCUAUAUUUUAUUAUAUCAUGCAGGAUGUUACCAUCAGUUGAGUGAAACAAGUUACAUGACACUGAGGUAGCAAAUGAACAUAAUGAACAUUAUUAUUCAUUUUCAAUGUGAUACAAGUCAAAUUUGUCAUCUUGGAACAUCAUAAUAAUUCUAGUAGGAGGGAGCACAAAAAGCACCUAUGAGUUUCAUUCACCUCUUAUUGCAUGACAUUGACACUGCACAUACACAACAUGUGCUCAUUGUCACAUUUCAAGUUUGGUCUUGAUGAGUCCAUGUCAAUUUUGGAUAAUCAUUUCUUCUGCAAAUAAAAAGCUCCUUACAGCAAGUCAUUGUAGGGCUGGGCGGUAUGGCUGAAAACUGUACCACAAUACAAGUUUUCUAUAUUGGUUGAUAUUGACAAUUACUUACAUUUUUAUAACCUAUGAAAAAUAUGGACCAGGAAAAAUUAUACUGAAUGUUAACAGUUUAAUUUAAAAUGUAAACUACCUCUGAUGAUAAUCCCCUCAGGUAUCGAGGCAAAAAAUAAAGGACAUUUCAAUAUGACAAAGGAAAACUAUCAGUGUAAACAACAUUUUGAAAUCGAAAUAAACACUCAAAGGAGAACUAUGUUUUAUUUAUUUUGUUUAUCGUUCACAAUCAUUUUCUUUUUCUAACAUAUAAAAAUGACCUUGUUUUAGUUUGGCGAGCAAUCAAUUCUACCUCUAAAUCACUUUAAAAAUGCAUUUAAAAACUGCCAUUACAUUCUUUAACCUGAAUAAUAACCAAGCUGUAGUGACAUUGUUAUCGUAAGAGCGAACACGGAGGAACUCUUUUUUUUUAGCGUACCAACACAUCAGCGUGCUACGGUAUUAGCCGUGAGCAAGUUACGGAAAUGAGAUACGCGCGCUUCUACGUCAGCACCCGACUCGCAUUUGAAUAUGUAAUAAACCAACACAACGCGACAGAACAAAAAUCUGUACUAACUGAAAAACAUGAACAAUCAUAUUACAGUAUCUGUAAAGUAAUAGCCCACAUUUCAUGUUUUGUUUGUACAUAUCAAGCUUGACAGCUUAUGUACUGUACAUUGGUGUGCUGUAUGGAUCAUGAUAAAUAUUAUAGUGACUCACUCGAUGGACAGUUGUCCGUUUGGUCAAGCUAGCCGGGGCCGUUUUCAGUUAUUGUGGGUAGACACACCAAUAAUUCAGCAUAGCUUGGCUCAAAAUUCGCACCAGGACCAAGACACAUCAACUUCACUCUCUCGGCUUCUGUCUGCUCCAACGUUUUAGCCUCUUCUUCGUGCUGGCUUCUAUAAGCAGCAGUAUAUCCUCCGUAUUUCUUGUAUUCCGACAAGUGACUUCUUCCCAGAAGUGAAAACCAGUGAUGGUCAACCAAGGGAGGUGGCUGUUGUACAGCAAGCAGCGCGCAAACAAUCUGAGUAACAAAAGAGGCUUACAUCUUCCUGCAAAAAGCAGAUAUGAGCAAAAAAUCUAACUAUACAAUGGAGUCUAUCCGUAUACUUUAUCAAAAAAGAUUUGUCGAGUAAUAUCAAGAAUUACGUCAGUCGCCUUCCCAAAUAUAUCGAACUAUUGUGCUCCAGACAUCAUUCUACACGACAAACAGAUGAAAACUUGGAAAAACAUGGAGGUCUACAACUUCUUUGUGUGUGGCUGGGUCAAGGAAAUUGGUACCAAGACUCAGGUGAGAUUGCAUUUCAGGAUUUAACUUUGAGUCUACUGAUAUAUGUGUUGUUCUUGCACGCACUGCUCACAACUGCCGUGUUUUUCCCUGUUUUAUUAAAAUAUAACAACAGAUGUCAACAUUGUGUAUGUGCUGAAAGCUCAACUCUUAGGUUUUGCUCACAUUAUAGACGCCAAGUUGGUGCUUUUUGAAACACUCGUAGCAAACGUGUUUAAAAAAUAUAAAUGAUAUCAAGAUAAUACUUAAAUGGGAAAUAAUAAAUGUUACAAGUAUAUCAAACAAACUAUGCAUUCUUCGACUCUGCUCCCUUGGACUGAAGUGUGAGCUGCAUGCUUUUCUGAAUGUUGUUUCGUAAAGUCUUGCACUCUUCCACCCUUUUUUCUUGAAGGAAUUCUGAAGAAAAGUUAUUCCUUUUCACGAUUUGUACAGCACAAAAAUAACGCAAACAUAGGGCCACUUUUUCUUCAAGAACGGCUAAAUGGCACCCAGCACCCAUUGAAAACAGCUAGCUUGACCAUCAGUAUUGCUUAAAAUGACCAUCCAUCCAUCCAUUUUCUACCGCUUAGUCCCUCUGGGGUCGCGGGGAGCGCUGGUGCCUAUCUCGGCUACAUUCGGGCGGAAGGCGGGGUACACCCUGGACAAGUUGCCACCUCAUCACAGGGCCAAUAUUUUACAUAUUACAUACUGUUAUAAAUAUGUCUGUUACUACAUUAUAUAUAUACUUGCAGUGUGUAUAUAAAACGGAGGGAUUUGAAGUUGCUUAAAAGGCUACAAUUGUGAAUCCCAUUAGCCGCAUCUUGCAAGCUUUUUUUUUUAAUCAAUUUUAACCCCCCCCCCCUCAAAAUGUACAUAAAUGUUCUUAUCUCCCAUAUAGAUUGUGAACGAUAGGCAAAAUUACAAAAAAGUGUAGUUUACCUUUAACAUUAAUCUCUUUCAAUGAAGACUCAAAAACAACAAAUACGUAAGAAAUGACUAAUAAAGUGUAACAAAAUAGUGCAAAAUGGGAAAAUAUAUACCAAGGGAAACCUGAGAAGAACACUUUUUUUAAAGGUUUACUGCCAAGACAUAAUUUGGUCUGUGUAACUUUUAAUUUGGUCUGUGUAACUUUUAAUUUGGUCUGUUAUUCUCAUUUAGGUAUGCAAAUUAAUUUAAUGCUUUGCAGUAAUAAUUUAAAUAUUAUUGGACCAAAUUAUUAUUCUAAAGUAACACAUUUGUUAUAUUUUUUAUUCAUUUUAUUUAUACAGUCGUGCACAGUUCCGGCCGGUUGUUUCUGAAUAUCCAAACAGGGAACUUACAAGAGUGGGUUAAAAAGAAAAGAUGAGCGUGGCAAAAGAGUAUGGUCAGUUUUGAAAAAAUCAAAAAAACUGCCAUGCUGUCGAGGUUAAUUUUUCUACUUUUAUCAACACUUCGUUCGCUCUCUGCAGCACUCAUUUUUACUUUAUCUUCUCACUCCAUGCAGAGAAUCAACAGCAAGACAGCAAGGUGGCGCAAACAAACUUGAUAGUUGAUACUGUUAUGCGAUUUGCUCUUUAGUGUGUCCCUCCCAUUACUCACUGUUCACUUCCUGUUUUUUAGGUUAACAGACCGCAAGUGUCUUUGUUCAUGCAACAAACCGUGUUUUGUUCUUUUACAGCUUCUUCCGACCAAAAGCAUAUAUAUAUAUAUGUAUAUAUAUAUAUAUAUAUAUAUAUAUAUAUAUAUAUAUAUAUAUAUAUAUAUAUAUAUAUAUAUAUAUAUAUAUAUAUAUAUGCGUGGCGCAGUUGGUAGAGUGGCCGUGCGCAACCCGAGCGUCCCUGGUUCAAUUCCCACCUAGUACCAACCUCGUCACGUCCGUUGUGUCCUGAGCAAGACACUUCACCCUUGCUCCUGAUGGGUGCUGGUUGGCGCCUUGCAUGGCAGCUCCCUCCAUCAGUGUGUGAAUGUGUGUGUGAGUGGGUAAAUGUGGAAGUAGUGUCAAAGCGCUUUGAGUACCUUGUAGGUAGAAAAGCGCUAUACAAGUACAACCCAUUUAUCAUUUAUAUAUCUCAAACGUUGUAUUCAAAACAUUUCUACUCAUAUAAAUGAUGUGUCAAUCGGGAAUAUAUUGUUAAAGUUUUAUCGGCCCAGCCCUAAAUCAUUGUGACAGCUGGCUUUUCUAUGCAUGUGGCUUGCAGAAAUCCUUCCCAUCGUCUUGUAGGCCAUAAUAUGAUAUCAACUUUCUAAUAUGGAGCCUCUUGCCCAAUGCAUAACCAGACAUCUCAGGUAAUGAAUACAGUGGCACCUCGGGUUACUAGUUGGCGUAGCAAAUGUCAGUGAACCCCUUAAGAUUCGACUAAAACGUCCUGUCUUACUCACUAGAAUUUGCUUCUAGCUAGCUAGAGAUUGACCUAACUUUGUUUUCCACUCAUAAGAAGGAAGUAUGUGAGUGUGAAGGACAGUGCUGAGAAAAAAAACCUGAUGAUAUUCAUUGAAUUUAAGAAAAAAAUCAAAGAUAAUGAGUACGUGGUUAAGCACCAUACCACCACCAUACUGAAGUAAAAUGAGUAGAGGGCCAGCCAAAGACGUAAAAUAAUAUAUAAACGGCGGACAUUUAUCCAUGAAAAUAUAAAGAAGCUGCUGAUGGUGUGUUUAAUGGAGCAGCAACUCAUAAGAGAUAGCUUAGAAGUCCACUCUCCAAGGUAAAUACUAUACAUUACUCGAUAAAACCAUUUCUAAUAUAAAAAUGUGUUUUUCCUUUUAAAAGGCAUUUUAAAACGGUGCUGUUUUAAAGGCGGGAUUAUCACAGAUUAAAUUGAUUUAAAUUCAUUUCAAUGGGCUGUUAAGAGUUUUUCAAGGUACAAGCUGCUCACAGAACCAAUUCAGCUCGUAUCUCGAGGUACUACCCUUCUUGAAUAGACCGAGGAACACAUUGUUCGGAGAAAGCACCUUCAAUACCUCAUUGAAUGUAUCCCACCUAUCAAAGUUCAUGUUUCUGUCAAUUAACAGCCUUAAAUAAUGAACAAUUAUAAUUUCAGUAUGUGCAUUCUUUUACCAUUUUAAUUGGACGCCCCUACAAGUUGAUGAUAUUGACGCUAAACAAUUCAAGUUCAAAUGUCAUAUAAACUCCAUCAAUGCAUGUUUGUAUGUCACUGAAAGCAAUCUUUCUGCCUGAACAAGCACCAACGACUCGAGACUUAAACCCACUUGUUUAUGAUCAACUCCUGUUCUUCUAAUUGAUAUCGUAAUAUUUUUUAAGUACUUUCACAAUGCACCAUUUCCACAUGUGUGAUGUGCACGUUUUAACAUGGCAAGUCCAUCAAUUUUUUACCCGUUUAAUUUUACAGGUAUUCCAACCUGAUAUGAUCGGAAAUCGGUCCAAUCACAGCAUCAAAAGAAAGGAUGGGAUUAUAUCAGCCUGGAUCUAAAAUUUCUCAUAUAAACUCUCCGAAACAGGCAGUCCUGCAGCAUGUUUACUUCUGCAAAGCUUGAACUCCAAACAAGAGCUAAAUGUCUUCCAACAAGGUUGCUAGCACCCACACAACAGCUAAGCACAAAAGCUAGACAUAUGUAAUAAGUGUCCUUAAUUGAACAGAAAAUUACGUCUAUAACAGCAUAUUGGUUAAUAUAAACAAGUAUCAAAUAGUUAUAGUUGCAUAUUUUUUACACAAAUAAAAUCUCCAAGGCUGAAGUGUAUUAGAAAGUAUCCAGUAAAAAAUGUAUCCGCAUCGUUAUACUUACUGCGUCAAGAGCUUAAUUUGAUGAAUUACUGUCGCCACUAGGGUCACCAAAAAAUAAUUACAUUCAACUUGAACCAAAAGAUAGCGUAAAUCCAUUCCAAACAGUUGGUAAUAGAUAGUUGUUGUUUUUUUUUUUUUAUACCUACCAUUAUUCUGUUUCAUUAAUUUCACCUGAUCAACCCUUUUCUAACAUUUCACACUUGAAAUAAAAGUAUGUAUGAGUCGUGCUGAUAUAUUGUAAAAACAUCGGUAUCUGCCAAUAUAUACUCAAGGCUGCUGUCAGGUUUGCUACUGACAGUGUGGUCAUGUUUUUGUUUUCCUUUGCUUGGUGUUUUAAUUCCUGUCCAGUGCUCUGUUUUCUAGUUUCUACUUCCUUUGUUUUUUAAUCCCCUCCAGCCCUGGUGCUCUUGCUUUUUCAGUAUUUCCUGUUUGGUCUCUGUGUUUUGAAGCACCUUUACUUUCUGUUCCAUGUCCUGCCAGGACACCUGAUUCUCAUAAGUUAGUUCUAUUUAGUUCCACCUGGGUCCCUCCUUCUGUGCUGGAUCAUUCUACUUGUUAGUCUGUUUCCGAAUACAUAUGCUUUUACCUGCACGCUGUCUGCUAUUUCCACAUCCUUGGGGUCACGCUACAAGCAACGUUUACCAAAUCCUGAUAGAAAAGAUCCAGCCAGUGAGUGACCCCGCGGAGAUUUCUAUGGCCCAGCGGUUUGAAAAUAAUUUGGCACUGAUGGCCACGUUGAAGCGUUCUUCAGCCUCUCAUCAAGCUCCCUCCCAUCCAUCCCUGACAUCUGUUGGCGUUUGGGAUCUGUUCUAUGGAAUGGGGGGGGGGGGGGCUAUGAGUAGCUGUGCAGCUGGGGAGGAACGACUACUUCUUGCUCCAGUGAGGUCAUCCACGACGGCGCUUCCAGCAAGCCUUUGUGCUCCGGUGAGGUCAUGCAUGAUGAUACUAUGUUUCCCUGCUGGGCUGUCCUUAACGACGUCGCUAUCAGUACUCCAUUCUGUGCCAUUGAGUUCGUCUACAAUGCUAACACCGUUCUGUCCUGUCCUGGCGACGCCACUUGUCUCUCUACCGGUGGGGUCGUUGCCUGUCUCUCUCACGUCGCCUGAGCUUCCUAACCUGCUUCAGAAGCCCCGUCUGGCGCUCACCUUCCUCGCCUGCUGAAGAAGCGCCCGUCUGGCGUUUAUCUCUUGUUAUCAGCCGCAAUGGUGGCCAGUCCAUGGGCAUCCUCUGCACGGACUGCAGCAGCGCCUGGGACCUGGGCGUUGACGACUUUUGCUCCUGGGGCAUUCAUCGUGGGCUUCUCUUGUUCCCCUUCGCCAGCUGCGUCGGUGUUGCACUUGCCGCCAACACCUGGCUCUUCCCCGCUUGCUGUGGGAAAAAUGGCAUGGAUAGUUAGCCGGCCCUUUGAGGCGGGAUGCAGUUUGGCGACCCUCCACCAUUCUUUCCUUCACCCUCCCUUGGUUUUUGGACUUUCUGUUGAACUUAAACAUCUAGUAUCCGUUAUAGGAAGUGGGGCUACUGUCAGGUUUGCUACUAACAGUUUGAUCAUGUUUGUGCUUUCUUGUGUUUGCCGUUUUUAAUUCGUGUCCAUUACUCUUAUUUCUAGUUUAUACUUCCUGUGUUUUUGAAUCACUUCCUGUCCUGGUGUUCUUGUUUUGUCAGUAUUUUUUGUUUGCUGUCUGUUUUGAAGCUCCUUUAUUUUCUGUUCCAUGUCCUGCUCGCACACUUUAUUCUCAUUAAUUAGUUCCACUUGGGUCUCUCCUUCUGUGCUGGAUCAUACUAUUUUUUAGUCUGCUUCUUGUUGCCGGUAAAUAUACUUUUACCUGCAUACCUUCUGUUAUUUCCGCAUUCUUGGGGUCACGCUACAACCAACGCUCACCAAAGCCUGACAGCUCCAAAGUCAGUAUCGUAUCAGUGGUGAAAAUGUAUCAUGACACUCCUAGUUUUAGUAUUUUCUCGAUAAUCACCUUUUUUCCACCAAUAGCAUAAAGGGGAACAUUAUCACCAGACCUAUGUAAGCGUCAAAAUAUACCUUGAUGUUGCAGAAAAAAGACCAUAUUUUUUUAACCGAUUUCCGAACUCUAAAUGGGUGAAUUUUGGCGAAUUAAACGCCUGUCUAUUUAUCGCUCUCGGAGCGAUGACGUCAGAACGUGAUGUCACCUAGGUAAUAAAGCCGCCAUUUUCUCAAACACAUUACAAACACCGGCUCUCAGCUCUGUUAUUUUCCGUUUUUUUCGACUAUUUUCUGGAACUUUGGAGACAUCAUGCCUCGUCGGUGUGUUGUCGGAGGGUGUAAAAACACUAACAGGCAGGGGUUCAAGUUGCACCACUGGCCCAAAGAUGUGAAAGUGGCAAGAAAUUGGACGAAAUUUGUUCGAAAUACGAGGGUGUGGGGAAAGCCGACGAAAUGGUCAGUCGUUUGUUCCGCACACUAUACCGACGAAAGCUAUGCUACUAUAGAGAUGGCAAGAUUGUGUGGAUAUCCUGCGACACUCAAAGCAGAUGCAUUUCCAACGAUAAAGUCAAAGAAAUCUGCCGCCAGACCCCCAUUGAAUGUGCCGUAGUGUCUGCAGAUUUUACCGGCGAUGCUAAGGCAGACAUGGCACAAAGAUGUAUGGAUAACCUGCAGAUGCAUUUCCAACGAUAAAGUCAACAAAAUUACAAAGGUGUGUUUUGUUGAUGUUAUUGACUUAUGUGCUAUUCAGACAUAUUUGGUCGCGGCAUGACUGCCAGCUAAUCGAUGCUAACAUCCUAUUUAGGCUAGCUGUAUGUACAUUUGAAACUAUAUUUUCAUCCAGCAUUUCACUCCACCCACAUUUAAUGCCAAACAAACACUUACCAAUCGACACAUCUAAGUUGAUCCAGUGUCACAAGAUGCGAAACUUCCGAUCGUUGGUCUGCACAAUUUACCGGCGAUGCUAAGGCAGACAUGGCCGAAUAGCGUCAAUAGCUAUUCGCUCAAUAGCUUCAGUUUCUUCUUCAAUUUCGUUUUCGCUAUCUGCCUCCAUACUCCAACCAUCCGUUUCAAUACAUACGUAAUCUGUUGAAUUGCUUAAGCCGCUGAAAUCCGAGUCUGAAUCCGAGCUAAUGUCGCUAUAUCUUGCUGCGCUAUUCGUAUUGGCAUCACUGGAUGAUGUCACAGGAAAAUGGACGGUGGUUUCACAGAUAGCGAAAAUCCGGCACUUUAAAGCUUUUUUUAGGGAUAUUCCGGGAUGGGUAAAAUUUUGAUAAAAAAUUCUAAAAAUAAGAUAAGCCACUGGGAACCUGAUUUUUAUUGGUUUUAACCCUACUGAAAUUGUGAUAAUGUUCCCCUUUAAAUCAAAGUAUGUUAAGAAAUGUUAUUCUAUAUUAAUUGACUGAAAUGACCUCUUCAUUAAAGCUUGGAACACUGGA